AUGAAAAUUUUUAUUAGUCUUAUCACAACCUAGAUUAUAUCAACAAUUAUAGCAUUUUCUGAGUUUGAAGAACCAAAAGAGAUUAUAGCAUUAGCUUUGGAGCUCACUGGAAUGAUUGUUUUACUUUUACUUUAUAAACUUAAUUUUCCAGAGCUUUUUUAAAGGGCAAUACUGUUGGGUUAAGCAAUAUUAAUUUUUGUCUUGAUGCCAAAUUCACAAUAUAAAUAUUUUACUGGGGCUUAUCAUAUUAUAGUUCGUCUAACAGUCUAUCAAUAAGUUUCUAAAUUGUUAAUGUUAGAAUGGCUAGGUAUUAUUACUAAAAAAUAUAAAAAAUAGUUUUACUACUCAUCUUAUUUAUAUUUGGAACUGCAAUUGAAAUACAUUAAAUUUUUCGUAGCAUUUUUGUUUUUCUUGGUUUAUUAGUUAUUCAGAGUAUCCAUAUUUAUACAUAAAUUGAAAAAGAUAAAAAGAAACCAGAUAUCUUAUUUCAUACAAAAAUACAAUACACAGGGUAUGAUUCAUAACCUGAAAGAAUUACAGAUCCAAAUUUUUCUGUAUUAUAUUUGGAUGAUUAAUUUAAUGAAACAUGUUUUUAGAAAUAGAGUCCAAUACUUAAAAGUUAAGAAAUUAGUUUGUAAUCUAUUCUACAUGAUUUAAUUAUCAAUAAAAUUGACUCUAAUUCAAAAUCCAUACUUUAAUGGAAAAAUCCAGGUUGCUCUUUACAAAAUUUAUUAGAUUAAAUUAGAGCUAACAGAUUACCUAUGAUAGUUCAAAUAAUUGAAUAUAGUCAUCCAUAAAUAAAUAAUCAUUUUGUAAGAAUUAUUUACUAAAAUGAUUUCUAAAUAUAAUUUUUAGAAUUAGAAGAAAGAGAUAGAUAUUUAAAAUAGAAAUAUAUAUUUGUUAUUUUGAAAUAACUAUUAAGUACAAUGUCACAUGAAUUUGGAACUUCCUUAAAUUAUUUAUUGGCAAUAGCUUAAGUAGCCAUUGAAAAAUAUUCUGAUUCUGAUUUGCUUACUUAUUUUUUACCUAUUAAAUCUAUGGGAUUGAUAAUGCAUAAUUUUGUAUUAGAUAUGGUAGAUUACAAUAAUAUUCAAGGAAAGAAACUUGAAUUAUAAUUAGAAAAAAUAGAUGUAAUAUAAUGUAAUAAUUUAGAUAAUUUUAUUAUUGGAAGAAGUCAUUAAUAUCUUUAUCCAUACACUUUAAUCAAAGGGUCUUAAAAUUACAUAUGAAAUCUUUUUAGCUGAGAAAACCAUCUUAACUGAUGGCAGAAGACUUAAAUAAAUAUUGAUUACUUUGAUUUAGAAUUCCUAAAAAUUUACAUUUUAAGGAGGCAUUAAAAUAAUAGUAAAAUCAAUUGAAUAAAAUAAAUAUGUUUAAUUUGAAAUUCAAGAUUCAGGUAUAGGAAUGACUAAAAGUGAAAUUAUUAAUCUAACUGAAAUGCUUAAAUAUGAUUAUAAAUAAGAAAAAAAGAUAUCAAAAAAUACUGCUGGAUUUGGAUUAGGUAGUUUUUUAUGUAAUAAGAUUGCAAUGAGUUUAAGCAAUCUAAAAUAUGAGGAAGGAGGUGGAAUAAGAUAUUAUAGUGAUUAAGAAAAUAAAGGUACAAAAGUAGUUUUCAAGAUUAUUAAUGAACCAUUCAGUCUCACUUAUACUCUUACUGCUCCUUAAGAUAAUUCUAGUGGAAUAUUAAAAAUUGGAAAAAAUGCUGUUAUUGAUCUUAAACAAUCUUAAAUUGAGUUUGGAUUAGGAUUUCUUAAAAAUCAAUUAACUAAUAACUUUAGUACUAUUCUGUUUCCAAAAGUUAAAAGUUUACAUGAAGAUUUAGUAAAAGAACAUUUUUCAACAAAAGAUAAAUUUGGGGUUCUUUUUGCAAUAUAAAUACAAUAAUCUACAAAAGAAUAAGACAGUAUUAAUGAGGAAACAAAUAAAGAAGAUUAUUAAAAAAGACUAUAAUUUUAAAAUAUCAAAUAAUCUCCUCUUCGACAAUUAAGUAAAUCCAGCAAAUAAAGUUCCUCUGAUGAAAUUGGUAAUGCCCUUGUUAAUUGUAAUUGUAAAUAAAUUCUCAUUGUUGAUGAUGAGAUGAUCAAUAUUCUAGGAUUGCAACUUAUGUUAAAAUCAUUCAAUUUAGAAUCAGAUUCAUCCUAUAAUGGCCAAGAAGCACUUAUUAAAUUAGAGUAAGGUAAAUAUUAUAUUAAUAAAUGAUUAGCUCAUUGUUAAUAUAAUUUUAUUUUUAUGGAUAUCAAUAUGCCAAUAAUGGAUGGAUUUGCUACUACAAAAGCAAUAAUUGAGAAAUACAAAAAGGAUGCUCCAAAAAUUAUUGCUUGUACAGCCUUUACUGAUAGCGAAACAAAAUAAUAUUGUUAUGAGUUAGGCAUGUCUCAUUUUAUAAGCAAACCUGUUAAUAAAAAUGAACUACAAAAACUUCUAAGUUAUCUUUUUGGUUGA